CAAACGGGGCAGCCAAUCCACAUCAAGCGGCUGGAGCAGAACGUGACCCGCUGCUGGCUCCCAUAUACGCACUGCCACAGGCAGCACAAAGUGGCCCGGCUGCGCGCGCUUCAUUCAAUAGCCAGAUGAUGCCACCACUGCUGGACUCCAACCAGAACAUUAUACCGGUGCUCGAUUUGCUGGACAUUUUCCAGACCAUAAACAACGAAGCCAACGCAACGCUUGCGCACAUGCAACGGCAGCGGCAACGGCGCAUGUCGGACCGUUGGCGCUUGUCGGACGAGUGGCGCAUGCCCAUUGAGAACCAGGCACAGGCACAGGCACGGGAACAGCCACAGGCACAGCCACAGGCACCCAUGCAGCCACCACAAGCUCGGCUGCAGCCACAGGGCAGCAUGCAGCAGAUGUGCCGUCACUGCUUGCAGGCACUGGGCCACCGGAUUCCACAGCAGUCCGGCCGCCUCUUCCCAGCCCCUUGCUGCGCCGUGCGUCGCACACUUGCGACUCCGAGCAUGGGGCAAGUGGCAAAGCCAAAUUAUCCGUCCAAUGGCUGCCUGGGAACCAGCGGAGCCCUGGUUCCCUUCGGACCGAAUGUGCGUCCGACAAUUGGCAGUGAGAAUGGUGGGUCAGUGCCACAACCACGACGCCAGGUGGCACCUCCAGUGGUGCCAAUACGUGCCGCACACGCGCAGCCAAGACGUUCGUUCGGUGGCCGUUUGCCCACAGCUCCAGAGGGGCAGCGGCAGGGGCAGCGGCAGGUGACACCCACCGCAGGGAGAGAGUCUCUGUCCGAACGAGCCCGCAGACUGAUGGGUGAGAAUGUGUUGCCCGGUGCCCUUGCACCUGCACCUGCACCUGCACCCCACGGCUACAACACCCCACUGCCAAUGCUCGACCAUAACCCUGAUUUUCGCCGCUGCGAAUAUUUCUUGGCCGAAGAGGACACCCACGUCGGUGAUGACCACAGCCAGCUGUCGGUGACCAAUGGAGGCACAGGGGAUGGAUACUUUGUCCGCUCAAACAAGGAGAACUUGGGAUAAACUUUAAUUGCAUUUUAUUCGGAUAGUUUUAUAGCUUAGAUAUAACUGCUGCUGCUUCUGCUGCUGCUGAUCACAGGUCAAAAUUGUAUUCAUGUUUCGUACAAAUUCGAUUGAAGAGAGACGAAAUUUGAUCAGCUUUUAACAACAAAUAAUAUUUAUAUGUCGAUCCUAUUGAUCGCAGCUCAAAAUAGUAUUAAUACUUCACCCAAAAAGGACACAGAAUCGAUUCAACAAAAGAACAAAGAAAUGUAAUUGUAAAAGCUGUAACGAUUCCCUUCCGAAAUUGCCCCUCUGGCAUGCAGCCAACCACAGCCUGAUGAUAAAUGUUCAAAGCUAUCCAUUAAAAUACGCAAUGCGUGGAUUCUGCAAAGGUCUAUAAUUUAUAU